ACAGACAGAAUACACUAGUCUCCACCCACUGAUGAGAAACAGCGAAGUCUGACUUGUGCUGUCUGUAAUAAGAAGAUAAUUGGCUUAACUCUCCAAAAUUGUUAAUUGAGCGAUUAAUGUGGUGAUAAUGGAUACUAUCGAUCCACCUUUACGAUGCUUCAGAGAAUGUCAUUCACAGGAGUUGCUCAAAGAUGACGGAAAGCAUACCGUGACUUCAGACGAACAGAGGAAAGUCGAACAAAGUAUCCAACAAGUUCUCAAUGCCUACCAACAACUACACGACACACUAGAACCAACGUUACUAAGGGAACAACACUACCAGUAUCUUAAAAAGGGUUUACGCCAGCUCUCGGAUGCGUACGAGUGCCUGGAUGCCAGUCGGCCCUGGCUCUGCUACUGGAUCCUCCACAGCCUGGAGCUGCUGGAAGAACCCGUACCUGUCUCCAUCGCCACAGAUGUAUGUGACUUCCUGUCUCGGUGCCAGAGUCCGACGGGGGGCUUUGCGGGGGGCCCCGGCCAACAGGCCCACCUGGCCCCCACCUACGCCGCCGUCAAUGCCCUUUGCAUCAUCGGCACGGAGCAGGCCUACAACGUCAUCAACAGACAGACGCUUCUGGACUUCCUGUUCUCCGUCAAACAGCCAGAUGGCUCCUUUGUGAUGCACGUGGGUGGGGAGGUGGACGUCAGGAGCGCCUACUGUGCUGCGUCGGUAGCCUCUCUCACCAACAUCAUCACGCCCUCUCUGUUUGAGGGAACGCACCACUGGAUCCUGAGCUGUCAGAACUGGGAGGGGGGUCUGGGGGGCGUGCCGGGUCUGGAGGCCCACGGGGGAUACACCUUCUGUGGCACCGCAGCCAUGGUCAUCCUGGGCAAGGAGCACAUGCUGGACCUCAAGGCCCUGCUGCGCUGGGUGACCAGUAAGCAGAUGCGUUUCGAGGGCGGCUUCCAGGGCCGCUGCAACAAGCUGGUGGACGGCUGCUACUCCUUCUGGCAGGCAGGCCUGCUGCCCCUGCUCCACCGCGCCCUCUACAGGGAAGGGGAGAGUACGUUGAGUUUGAGGAACUGGAUGUUUGAGCAGCAGGCCCUUCAGGAGUACAUCCUGCUCUGCUGCCAGAACCCUGCCGGAGGACUGCUGGACAAGCCGGGCAAGUCCAGGGAUUUCUACCACACGUGCUACUGUCUGAGUGGGCUGUCUGUGGCACAGCACUUUGGCAACAGGAACCUCCACCACGAGCUGGUCCUCGGAGAUGAAGACAACAGGCUGGCCCCGACCCACCCGGUCUACAACAUCUGCCCUGAGAAGGUGGCCCAGGCCAUCCAGCACUUCCUCAAGCUGUCCAUGCCAGACGAGCGCAGGCCGCCCACCACCUGCAGUGCCACCACCGACACCCCCGACGGUGCCAGCACGGCUGCCCCCGAUGGCCCUGGUGCCACCGAGCAGUCGUAGACCUGUGUGGCGAGAAGAGGCCGCGGAGUGCCAUCGCCAGGGGAGCAUGUCGACGUGAGGAGCUUUCAAGGGAAGUAGACCCACCUGUCUACAAUGCCAUAGGCAAGGAACACUGGGGGAGGUACUGUAGUAGGUCCCACACUGCGCUGUAGUGCGGUGCAAGGAUAACGGCAACAGCGACAACACAAGGCCAAACGUGCUGUCGCCCUGCUGAGGCUGGCUGGAGGAGAGACAUUAAUGGUUAGCUGGAGUGGUGGGCGCGCUGGUUAGCUGGAGUAAAGGGUGCGCUGGUUAGCUGGCUGGCUGGCUAGCUGGGAGAUCGGGGGUAACGAUGGGUGUGAUCAUGGAUGGGUUGAAGGAUGAAGUGGCCAAUGCGCACCAUUUCAGUUUUGUAUGAGUUUUACAACCGUGUCUGAUUCAUCCCCGUGACUCUUGCAAAUAAAACAUAGAUAUUACUGAAUAAAAAUCAUGUUGCUGACUGUA